AUGCUCUCCAUCAAAUCCACCCUUUUCACCCUCCUUCCCAUCCUGGGUAGCCUCACUCUCGCUUCCGCUGGGCCCAUCUCAUCCCGUCAAUCCAGCGUUUCCGUCACAUUCAUCGGCGCCGCCGACGCCCAAUACACCCUCGACAUGCCCGUCAACUCGGUCUUCACCCCGACCAACAACGCGCUCUCCAUCUCCCACAUCCAAACCAGCGCCGGCGGUCCCUGCGUCUUCUUCGGCGUCGACGGUGCCGUGUUCGUCGCCCCUGCGACCGGUGGCUACGGCGACGUCGGUCCUCCACAGACCAUUGCCGGAGGUAUCUGCGGCGCAUUCCCAGGCCACCAAUAUGGCAUGUGGUAG